AUGACGAUGAGACGAAUGAGCGUAAUGACGGACAGAGCGUCUUUUAAUGGCGGAUUGGCUCUGCCGUCAAUGCCGUCGUCUUACCGCCGUGGCUCAUCGCCAGCUGCUCCACUGGACCUACGAAUCUACAGGCGGGAAGAUGUUGAAGGGCGAUCUGUACCUACUAGGGAAGAGGGGACUCAUUUCCAACUGAACAAAUCCAUCUGCAAUCUGCUCAAAAGGGAAGGACUUCUGAAUUGA